AUGUCAUCGGACUCCCACAUUGCGCAGGCAUGUUCAAAGCGCUGCGGUGCCAAAGUCCUUUAUGUCGAUCUCGUCAGCUUGCAAUUCGAGGAAGAAGUAGAAGACGAUGCCCUCGAAGAUGAGAAAGCUCCUGCCGGUGCACCAGGACCAAAAUUCGGUUCUUCCAGAAGGGUGUACAUCUGUGUCGGGCAGUCGUGCAUCUUCUUGCUGAGAGCCAGCAUGUCUCAGAAGUUGAAAGCGUACGACGGUCAGAUCGACUAUGUCUGGAUGGAAAAGAUUGUGCAGGACACGAGCAGCAGGUCUCGAUUUCUCUUGGCCUUGAACGAGAAGCGGCCCAAGGGAUCUCCGUCUCAGUUCAUCGUCGACACGGACAAUCGCGAUAGCUUGCUGACCUUGAUCUGCACGAACUAUGUCUCGGAUUGCAUGCAAGAUCUCGGGAGUUUGAAUACCCUACCGUUCCUCCAGCACAGCUUGGCCACAAGCCCUGCGCCAAGCCGAGUCGCUGCUCCAAAGGGCUUCAAGAUGAUGGAGUUUCGCGGCUACACCUUCUUCAUAAGGCAAAGUUUCAAGGAGCAGCCCAGCAAGAUCUCCAAAGUCUCUACGGGGCACUUCAAGGCCUCUGAGGGCGAUUUGAAUCUGGGGGAGAGGUCCUGGGGAUGGUCGCGGCAAGGCGAGGUGGAGCUCUUCGUGAACGUGGUUGAUCCGAUCCCGCUGUCGGAGUUGAUACCCCUUGGCCGCGAGCACGUCCGAUGGGUGGCAAUGGAGUGCAAGGCCUCCUUGUUGAAGUCAUGGGAUUCCGUGGUUUUGCAGAAUUCUCCGUACACGAAGAAGAUGAACCUCGCCAAUGACAUAGCGGCGUGGAGUUGCUGGCAGCUCGCAGUGCGGGACCAGGAAGACAGCUGGGCCAUCCUAGUGCUCAGGCAUGGGCCGGCAUGGGGUCAGAUGGCUGCAGCUGUGAAGGAGAGUGCAUGCAGCUCGCUGAGCCACGUGGGCCAGAUUCUCUUCGAGUACGUCUCGGAGCUCAGCCGGGCGGAGCUGGACAAGUUGUACGCGGAUGCUCCCUCGGUUCGCGUGAUCUUCCGGGAGGCGGUGCCUCCCGUGGCCCAGCAGCUGGUCAUGAGGCUCCUCCUCGGCGGCGCAAGGCCCUUCCAGGAGUCCGUGCUGAAGCGCUGGUGCGCCACCUUGUCGGCCUUGCCGCACAGCGCCUACCUCAGUGUCCUGCAGCGGCUUCAGAUCCUGCUCCCACAGAAAGCUCAAAAGCCCGGGCAAGCUCCGGUUGGACAGCUUCUCAUGCUCCACAAGACGUUUCAAGGUAGCCUCUCGGCAUACUUGCAAGGUGCAGAAGGACUGCCGAGAGCGCCUGCUUCAGCUGCGGAGGCUUCGCCGGAGGUGUUAGAGGAGCAUGCAGUGGCCUCCUGGGAGCGCUUCCUGGGAGAGUUGUUGGAUCCGGACUCGGAGUCGCUGCUUGCAGACUUGGCCUCGGUCUUGAACUUCAAGGGGUCUACGGGAGGCCUGACGGCGGCAGGAUUCCAGUUCGUGCUGGACGAGCGCCAGCAGCAGCUCUGGCGCUUGGUGAUCUCCUUCCUAAAGAAGGAUGAGGCCGGGGCCGCCGGGGCCGCCGGGGCCAACGGGGCCGCCGAUCGGAAGCAGCAAGCUUUGCAGGCGCUGCUGGCCAUCGGUGAGCUCGGCCUGGGUGAGCCUUUGACUUCGAGUGCUCCAAGGCCAUUCCUUCGAUUCCUUGUGGAGCUCGGCGUUCUCUACGAGGCCGGUCCCGGUACAGCCGGUACAGGGAGCUUCUUGACCACGCCCGCCGCGCUGGCGCUCUUUCGAAGGGAUGUGAGCCAGAGGCUCUCCCGCAGCACCGGCGGUAGUGAGGCAGGGGAGUCACAGGGCCUCAUCGUCGAGAGCAACUUCAAGGUCUACGGUUACAUCUCCAGUCCUCUCCAGGCCCGCCUCCUCGGACACUUCUGCGAAAUCUUGGUGAAAUUGCCCAACCUCGUGGUUGGCCAGCUAACGGCCGAAUCAGUCCUGAAGGCCAUGAGCCAAGGCAUCCGUGCGGCGCACAUGCUCCGCUACCUCGAGGCCGCCGCCCACCCGCAGCAGCGACGCAGCCGAGAGGCCGAAGGCAACGAAGGCGGAAACGAAGGCUCCGUGCCCUCCAACGUCUGCGGCCAGCUCGAGGUCUGGGAGUCCAGUCGAUCCCGGGCCGCGUCCUCGUCGGCGGUGCUCUUUGAGUGGAGCGCGGAGGACUGCGAGGACACCUUCGAAGAGGCAAAGAAGCUGGCCGAGGCUCAAGGAGCUCUGCUGUGGUCUCGAGGAAGGGAGGCAGAUCGAGCGCCCGUGCUGGUGGUGCGCCCAGAGGCAGCAGCACGCCUUCGAGAUCUCCUCGGGGUCGCGCCGCCAAAGCCGCCAAAGCCAGUGCAACAGCCGGCAUCCGCAGCAUUUGCACGGAGCUUGAAUCCGAGCAAGCGGCUCAAACUGGAGAAAGACCUCUGA